AUGGAGGAGCAGGUCUUCUGCCAGCAGCCCACCGGGUUUGUUGACCCGGCACAUCCCGACCACGUGUGCCUGCUUUCGCGGUCCUUGUACGGACUCAAGCAGGCUCCGCGCGCUUGGUACCAGUGCAUCACAGCGUUUCUGCACCAGCUUGGGUUCCGCUCUACCGGCUCGUACGCCUCGCUCUUCGUCUAUCAUCAGGGCUCCGACACGGCCUACUUGCUGCUCUAUGUCGACGACAUCAUCCUGACGGCAUGUACGACUGGUCUCCUCAGUCAGCUCACGGCUCGUCUUCGCGCUGAGUUCGCCAUCAAGGACUUGUGUCCUUUGCACUACUUCCUCGGUGUCGAGGUGGUGCACCAUCCCAAUGGCUUCUUCCUUCAUCAGCGAAAGUACGUUCAUGAGCUCCUGGAGCGCACCGGCAUGCUUAACUGCAAGCCCGCCGCUACGCCUGUUGAUACGAAGGCCAAGCUUUCUGCCACGGAUGGUUCUCCUGCUUCAGAUGCUACUUUCUAUCGGUCUAUCGUUGGUGCUCUUCAGCACCUCACUCUGACUCGACCGGUGAUCCAGUAUGUCGUGCAGCAGGUGUGUCUUCAUAUGCAUGCUCCUCGAUAUGUUCACUUGGCUGCGGUCAAGCGGAUUCUCCGCUAUGUCUAUGGCACUAUGGAUCUUGGCGUCACGCUUCAUGCCUCCGCUGACACCGCCCUCACCGCCUACUCUGAUGCAGACUGGGCGGGCUGCCCUGACAUUCAUCGCUCCACCUUGGGCAUGUGCUUCCGUAGUUGA